GGAUGAAGCAUCCCUGUUCAAAGCCAGGUUGGAGCAACUUGCCCUAUUGGAAGGUGUCCCUGCCCAUGGAACUGGAUGGGCUUUAAGAUCCUUCCCGUCCCAAUUCCAUGAUUCUGGAGCUCUAUACGUCCAUCUAUACAUUGGGAAAAGGGCAUGAAGAUCCCGCUGGAGGUGCUGCAGAUCAACCUGAUGGGAAAGGGGAAUUGCUUCCCACAGAAUCCAACUGUUUCUUCAUGCACAGAAUUCCCCCCCCCCCCAUCCCGACUUUUCCCCAUAUUCCCUCACUCAGGAUCCCCGGACAGCUUUGAGGAUGACUACGAUGACGUAUCCCUAUCGGAACUGGAUCGUGGCCACAAGCCACCGGUGGCCAAUGAAGAUCUGCAGAGCCAGAGGAGCAAAGGAGGUACCAGGGUCUACAUCCUUGCAGGCAAACCAGCGUCUCCACAUCCUUCCCAAAAGGGAGCAGAGCCUAAGGGUGGAAAAGCACAGAGCAGCAGGGACACAUCCAUAGCCAUCCUCUAUGUUCUGGUGGUUCUGAGCUUUGUCGCUUGGGGGCUGCUCUUUGCCUUGGCUGUGGUGAAGCAGAUGGAAAUCACGGCUGAGCUGAAGCUCUUGAAGGCGAACUACUCAGAGAAUGAAGCCAAUGUGUGGCAGGAGCUGUCGGAGACACAACGGGAGCAGACACGGAUGCGGAGCAGGAUGCACAACUACUACGAGGAGCUGCAGGACAUCGCGGCGUUGAUCUGCAGAUCCGUGCAGGACAACCGGAAGUGCUGGGCCGGCUGGAGGAUCUUCGAGCAGAGCUGCUAUUCCUUCUCAACGAAGCCCAUGAGCUGGUGGGACGCGAACAAGACAUGCGCCGAGCAAGGGGCUCAUUUGGUCUUCAUCAACUCGGAGAUGGAGCAGAACUUCCUGAAGGACAACAUCAACACCAGCACCACGUACUGGUUGGGAGUGACGGAUCAGCAGGAGGAAGGCACCUGGCUCUGGACCAAUGGCGAACGUCCAAGUAUCAGCUACUGGAACACAUGGAAGGAGAGCAAAGACAAAGACCAGAAGGACUGCGGCACCAUCGGGCCCGACGGCAUCUGGAAUGCCGAGAGGUGCUCCCAUUCCAGCCGCUGGAUUUGUGAGAAGUCCUGGAAUUGCUGACUUUCCCCCCAUUCCCAGACCAUUUUCCAGGACAAAAGGUACAUUCCGCACUGGAGCUGGAUGGAUUUUGUGCCUCG